AUAGACCAUCAUAGACUGUGUCGUUUUCUUUCUGUACAUAUUCCUUCGUUUGAUCUCAAUUUUUUUUUGCUCUCAGAAUCUCCACAUGGAGGCCAUUUGCUCGUUGGCGAGCUCCCUUUGGGAGUCCGUCACUUUCUGGAAAGCUGCUGCCAUCUUCUUCGCUUUGCUCAACCUGAAGACCCUCCCCAUGAUAUGGCAUGUCCGCGUGUACCGCUACUUCUUUAAGCAUGGCUACCUCAUCACUCCUGCCGUCGAACAGCCCGCCCGUCCCUGCACCGAGGUUCUCGAGCCCGUUAGCAUCUACUCUCGCGCCCCCAUUAUGGAACUCGACUUCAACAUGCACAAAUCCAACUCGACCUACUUCUCCGACCUCGAUGUCUCCCGUACCGCUCUCAUGUCCAGUAUCGUCGUGAAGGGAGCUGCGCUCCUGGAAAAGCGUCUGCAGGAACAAGGAAAGAAGGGUUUCUUGGGUUUCAUUCUGGGCAGCGUCUACACCACCUUCAAGAGAGAGAUUCCCGCAUACGCCAAGUACGAGGUCAAGUCGCAUGUGGCCAGUUUCGACCAGAAGUGGAUCUACAUCAUCACCUACUUCCUGAAGCCGGGCAAGGGAAAGAAGGGCCAGGAUGAUCCCGAGGCGCUGAAGAAGAGACUCUACGCUGUGUCCAUCAGCAAGUACGUUCUGAAGAAGGGCCGCUACACCGUUCCUCCCAAGGAUGCUUUCGAGGCUGCGGGUUACACUCCGUUCCUCUUCCCCACGGCUGCUAAUGGCUAUGCCACUGGAGCUGAGAAUGGUCACGCUAACGGGGAUGCCGUUCAGCGUAAGGAGACCGCUGCUACCAAUGGUACCUCGGAUGAGUGGGAGCGUUUGAAGGCCGAGAUUGAUCGGGGCAUGACUGUUGUGGAGCCGAUUGUUGAGCAGGAGGAUAGGCUCCUGGAGGACUAUGUCCACAAGAUGACCAAGCCUGGCUUUGCCUAGAGGAUUGAUAUGUUUGUAUUUGAUAGACCGUUAUAGAUAGAACUCAUUUCACUGCGAAGGAUAGAGCGAUAGAUCAGC